ACAUGGCGCGGCGCCGCCGGCUGCUGCCGCCGCCCCUGCCGGGGCUGCUGCUGGGGCUCGGCCCGGUGCUGCUCGGCGCCGCCGCCGCCUUCAACCUGGACCGCACCUUCCCCGUGCUCAAGGAGGGCCCCGCCGGAGCCUUGUUCGGCUUCUCGGUAGCGCUGCACCGGGAGACGGAGCGGCGGGAGCGGAGCCUGCUGCUGGUGGGGGCCCCCCGGGACGCGGAGCCGGUGAACGGGACGCGCACGGGCGCCGUGUACGCCUGUCCCCUGAGCGCCGCCACCCGCGACUGCCAGCGCCUGCCCAUCGAGCUCAAGGAUGAGCCCGACAAGGCCAUCAUCGAGGACAUGUGGCUGGGGGUGACAGUGGCCAGCCAGCGGCAGCCGCCGGGGAGGGUCCUGGUGCCCGUGCCCCCGUGGGACCCCCCAAGGCUGUGGGUGACCCCCCUCACCGUUCCAGGCACGGAUUACAUGCUCCAGCGGGACUCGUGGGACCUGCACGACUUCUCCUACCCCAACAAGAGGAACGGCAACACCUACAUAGGGUACACGGCCGAGGCGGGCAGCGCGGUGCUGCAGCGGGACGCGGUGACGGUGGUGACGGGCGCGCCCCGGUACCGGCACACGGGCGCCGUGCUGCUGCUGAGCCGCGGCGCCCGGCAGGCGCUGAACCGGAGCCUGCUGCUGCCCGGCCCGCAGGUCGGCUCCUACUUCGGCAGCGCCCUCGCCCUGGCCGACCUCAACAACGACGGGUGGCAGGACCUGGUGGUGGGGGCCCCCUACUACUUCGAGCGGAAGCAGGAGGUGGGGGGCGCCGUGUUCGUGUUCAUGAACGAGGCCGGGGGCUUCCAGCAGCUCCCCAGCCUGGUCCUCACCGGGCCCAGCUACUCCGGCUUCGGCUUUGCCCUGGCCAGCGUCGGGGACAUCAACCAGGACGGGUUCCAGGAUAUCGCCGUGGGGGCUCCUUUUGAGGGGCCUGGCAAGGUUUACAUCUACCACAGCAGCGCCGAGGGGCUGCAGGACCGACCCCGGCAGGUGAUCAGCGGGUCCGAGCUGGGCCCCACCCAGAUAAAAACCUUCGGGUACUCGCUGAGCGGGGGGCUGGACAUGGACGGGAAUUCCUACCCCGACCUGCUGGUGGGCAGCCUGAGCGAGCGCAUCGUCCUGCUCAGAGCCCGUCCCGUCAUCAACAUCCUGGACAAGACCUUCACGGUGACCCCCAGCAAGGUGGACCCUGCCCAGUGCACGCCCAAGUCCUGCAUGACGGUGACACUGUGCUUCUCCUACAACCAGAGCGCGGGGGACCCCGGCUACAGCGAGAGGAUCACCCUGCAGUACACGCUGGAGGCCGACAAGGACCGGCACCCGCCCAGGGUCAGGUUCUCGGGGUCCCAAUCUGCCACCUACACUGGGGACUUCUCCAUGCCGGACACCCGCUGCCAGUCCCAGGAGCUGCUGCUGCUGGACAACGUCCGGGACAAGCUGCACCCCAUCGUGCUCUCCAUGAACUACUCCCUGCUGGAGAGGCCCAGAACCUUCCAGCUGGGCCCCCACUCCCUGGCCGCCUUCCCCGUGCUCAACCAGGACCAGUCCCACGAGAACGAGACCAAGAUCGAGUUCCAGAAGGAGUGUGGCUCCGACAACCAGUGCUACAGCAACCUCCAGCUGCAGAGCAGCUUCGUCACCGAGCAGAACCAGCCACUGCCCAGGGUGAACGGCACCCAGGUGCUGCAGUACAGCCGGGACGUGCGCAAGCUGCACCUGAGCAUCAACAUCACCAACGUCCCCACGGCGCCCUGGAACGGCGAGGACGCCCACGAGGCCCUGCUCAACGUCACCGUGCCCCCCAGCCUGCUGCCCUCCUCCGUGCGCCCGAGCGGAGCCUGCACCUUUGGGGACACGGUGCUGUGCGAGCUGGGAAACCCCUUCAAGAGGAACCAGCGGGCAGAGCUGACCAUCACCUUCGAGGCCAUCGGGAUCAUGCUGGACACGCGGGAGGUGGCCGUGUGGCUGGACCUGUCCACGCAGAGCACCCAGGAGGAUCUGCAGCUCCUGCAGGACCGGGCUCCAUCCCGGCGGAGACGGGAGCUGGAGCCCCCCGAGCCGGGGGAGCCCCCGGUCACCUUGGCCACCGGCCGGCGCCCGAGGUCCGAGGCGGCGCUGAGCUGCUCGGCGGGCACGGCGCGCUGCGUGUGGUUCGAGUGUCCCCUGCUGCACACGCAGCUCCCCUCCAGCUUCAGCCUCCGCGCCCGCGUCUGGAACAGCACCUUCAUCGAGGAGUUCCGGGACUUUGACCGAGUGAAGGUGACGGGCACGGCCACGCUGUUCCUGCGCUCGCAGGUGCCCACCAUCACCAUGAGGAACCACACGGUGCGGUUCUCCGUGGACGUGGACUCGGAGCUGCAGGAGGAGCAGCCGGCCGAGAUCGCGCUCUGGCUGGUGCUGGUGUCGGUGGCAGCCGGGCUGCUGCUGCUGGGGCUCAUCAUCCUCCUCCUCUGGAAGUGCGGGUUCUUCCGGCGGGCCAACACCCGGGCCAUGUACGAGGCCAAGGGGCAGAAGGCGGAGAUGAGGAUCCAGCCGUCGGAAACCGAGCGGCUCACGGACGACUACUAA